AUGGAAAAAAAAAGCAAUGUAUUUUACGUAUUUUAUGAUCAAUAUUUAACAAUUUGGCGUGAUUUAAUCGUCAAUUUAUCUCUAUCAUUUGCUGCUGUUUUUCUCGUGACAUUUAUUUUACUUGGUUUUGAUUUUCAUACGUCAUUUCUCAUAAUUUUAUGUGUUUUCAUGAUUAUUAUUGACAUGUUUGGUGUAAUGUACUUAUGGCAUAUUGAACUUAAUGCUGUUUCUGUCGUCAAUAUUGUUAUGUCUGUUGGUAUUGCUGUAGAAUUUUGUGCACAUAUAGCUCGAUAUUUUGCUGUAAAUCAAGGUAUAAAUCGAUUACAUCGAGCAAAAAUAGCUUUAUCUGAAAUGGGUAGUUCAGUAUUUAGUGGAAUAACAUUAACAAAAAUUGGUGGUGUUGUUGUACUUGCAUUUUCUAAAUCACAACUUUUUCAAGUAUUCUAUUUUCGUAUGUAUUUAUCAUUGGUAAUUAUUGGUGCAUUACAUGGCUUAGUUUUUCUACCAGUUUUACUUAGUUAUUGUGGUCCGAAAUCAUUGGAUUCAAUUGAUGAUAAAAUAUCGGAACAUCAAACAAAUGUAAUUGUUGAUAAUACAUCAAAUGGAACUGAAGUUCAUGAUCAUGAAAAUUCUGUUCAAUUCAAUUAA